AGAUUUCGCGCCUGUCAGGCUACGCCCGUGCUUAUCACUACACUAGAGGAGGGGGUCGCGUGAGGUCUCGGAAACAGUGUUGCUGGUUGUGGCCAAUCUGAUAUCAUGAGACCUCAGCUUCUUCGGUUCCUGCAGCGGGCUCCUGCAGGCUUUAGCAAGGAGGGUCUCCAAGCUCUUCGCGCCGGCCUGACGUCUGGCGAGACUUCCGGUCUGCUGCAAUCGUCGGCAAGCAACCGCAAGGAUGAUGUACCGCUGCCAAAGGGCCUGGGCUUUCCGAGGAUGGCCCUGCCGCUAAGCCUCCAGGGCCACUUUAUGAGCACGCUGGCGACCGCUAACGGCGAUGACAAGAAGGAGCUCACCACCGCGGGGCUGGCGCGUGAGGUGCCAAAGGUGCCGACUGCUCUUACGGCCCUGCCUCCACGGCCAACUCGGGGUCAGCUGGCACCCGCCCCAGGCCAGCGCGCCAUGGGCAGCGCCGCUCAUGGCCACGAGAUGAGCGCGAAGGAGUUUUACAUGAACCACGUGGCUAACCGUCACCCCUUCCACGUGAUGCCGCCAAGCCCCUGGCCCGUGUUGGCGGGCGCGGGCACCUUUGUGGCUUGCCUAGGCAUGGCGGCCUGGUUCCACCAGAUCCCCGGCGGCUCCGCCCUCCUUGCCUUCGGCAUGGCCAACCUCACGUGGACGGCUAUCACGUGGUGGCGUGACUGCAUUAUCGAGGGCGACAUGGGCAUGCACACGGAGAUUGUCCGCAAGAACCUCGUCACCGGCAUGUGGAUCUUUAUCGUGUCCGAGGCCCUGCUCUUCGUGGGCCUCCUGUGGGCCUGCCUGGACCUCGGAAUGUCACCCAGCGUGGCUCUGCAGAUGCAGUGGCCCCCGGUGGGCAUUGAGCCGAUUGGCUGGGACAAGCGCGCCCUGGUGAUGUCGGCGGUGCUGGCUGCGUCUUACUACAGCGCCAACGUGGCCAUGGUCGCGAAGGAUCCCAAGAUGGUCAUGGGAGCUUUGGCCACGACCAUUGGUCUCGGAGCCAUGUUCUUGUUCGACCAGUACAUUGAGUACAACGAGACGCCCUUUACUAUUUCCGACUCGCCGUACGGUACGACGUUCUUUGUAACGACUGGCUUCCACGGCAUGCACGUGCUGCUAGGCUCAAUCUAUCUGGCCUGCGUCUUGGGGAUGUAUGCGCGCACGCACAAGGCGGGAGUGGCGCUCAAGAGCUCUAUCCUCUAUUGGCAUUUCGUCGACAUUGUCUGGAUUGCCGUGUACGGCAUCAUCUACGUCGGUCAGUACUAGGCGACCUCCCGGUCAUUUCGCGCCCCCAGACCCAGCUCUCAGUCGGCCGCCAGCCGCCAGUCCACAGCUUUUUGCUUUUAGCAUUGCAGCUCGGACUCCGCCGCAGCACGCGAGCUUUCCUGUUCCCCCCUUGGUCUGCACCUGGUCUGUCUCGGUGGGGAAUAAUGAGAUGUAUGCUUUGGAGCUUCGGUGCCUACACAUCAGAGCGCUUUUAACUCCGUUUGCGACCUGUAUGUGGUGGAGCAUGGCGAUGAGGACGCUAGCCUCUACUAGGAGUUCUGGCGAGAGAGGCUCAACAAGAGCAUACGGAUAAAUUUUGCGUGCACUGCUGGUUCUGGGUGCCUGGGUGCGUGGUGGAGGCGAGCUUGACAACUUGAGACGACGAGCAAGAUUACGACGACGUUUCAAAGUAUCGAAUCCCUGGCUUAUCAUUUACAUGGCUUGUCUCUUUUCCCUCUUGUGGUGGAGGUUUAGCUCUGUGUUGCGUGUCUUACUGACGUGUGUGAUGUGAUGUGUCUGUAGGUAUGUGUGCUUUAGAGGUGCGAUUACGACGCCGACUGGGGAAUUAUCCUGUUGUCGUUGUCGUCGCCGCUGCCCGCUGUUGUCGCGGUCUGGCUGGUCUCUCUUGCGUACUACGGUAGAGUCUGUGGGUUUGUGUGGGAAUUAAACGAUGUGCGUGUUUAGAGCGCAAGCCACGCAUGGGUACAUGGGUGGGUAAUAAAUGAGGCGUCCCACCUCUGCUCCGCCUCUAUAUUUGGGCUUUAUAAAGGAUAUGUGGGAAUGGUGGAAGGUGGGGGAUUCUGUAGAGGGAAGCGGUGGUGAUGGUGCGAGUGGACUCAGCUGCUGGGGUACAUGUGUAUACAUGGGCUGUGUCUUGCUGUGAUGAUGAUGCUUAGCGAACAGUUUUGUAAGUGGUCAUCGCUCAUCAA